GCCUCUUCAUUUAACACAAAUCGGAAUUGUUUACACCGGCUUGCGAAAAUAUUUAAUUUAAUGUUAAAGUGAUCUAAUGAAAAUAAAAUAAAAUGGCACACACGGAAAAUAUUCCGGUUAACACGUUCCGGAACUAUUUAAAUAUACUAAAUGAUCCAUCCGCCAAGGAGGAAAUCAAAUUGAAGGCUACUCAGGAACUGAGUGAGCACUUCGAAAUGAUCAUGCAGAGUCCAGCGUAUCCAUCGUUUUUGGAGAAUGCUCUCAAGAUAUUUAUGCGGAUAUUGCAGGAAGGCGAGCCACAGUUUAUUCAGGAAAACACAAUGCAGCACAUUCGUAAAUUAAUUCUUGAAAUGAUUCAUCGUUUGCCAAUAACAGAGAAUUUAAGACAGCACGUUAAAUGUAUUAUAACAAUGAUGUUGAAAAUCUUAAAAACAGACAACGAAGAAAAUGUGCUUGUGAGUCUUCGUAUAAUAAUUGAGCUCCACAAACAUUUUCGACCAUCGUUUAACCCAGAAAUUCAAUUGUUUUUGGGCUUUGUGAAGGAUAUCUACACACAAUUACCAAAUCAUCUUUCUUCAAUUUUUGAAACCGCAAAUGAUAUUUGGAUAACCGAUCUCAAGGACUUAAAUAUAGAUAUGCAAUUGGCUGAAGCCUAUUCAGUAAAAACAAUUCAUGUGGAUAAACCACUGGAAUCUAAUUCACAGCAAAUCAUUUAUAAUCUUCUUCCCCGCGGUGUUCUAUCAUUGAAAGUUCUACAGGAGCUACCAAUCAUUGUCGUUCUUAUGUAUCAGAUAUAUAAAAAUGCAGUUCAUCAAGAAGUAUCUGAAUUUAUUCCAUUAAUACUAACUACAAUAAAUUUGCAGCCAACAGUCAUGCAGAGAAAUUCUACACAAAAGGAAAUUUUUGUUGACUUUAUGGGUGCUCAGAUUAAAACAUUGUCAUUUUUGGCAUAUAUUGUCCGAAUAUUUCAGGAUGUUGUAUUAGCCAAUUCAUUAUCUGUAACAAAUGGAAUGCUUAAUCUAAUGGCAAACUGCCCAAAGGAAGCAGCACACCUCCGGAAAGAGUUGUUAAUAGCGGCUCGUCAUAUUUUUGCCACAGAUUUGCGCCAAAAAUUCAUUCCGUCUAUAGAAAAAUUAUUUGACGAGGAUUUGCUUAUUGGCAAGGGAGUUACAUUGGAUUCCAUUCGCCCAUUGGCCUACUCAACAUUGGCAGACUUGGCGCAUCAUGUACGCCAAAGUUUAAGUCUUGAUGUCUUAAUUAAAGCCGUCAAUCUGUUUUCCAAAAAUGUCCACGAUGAAACACUUGCUGUGGGAAUACAGACAAUGUCCUGUAAACUGUUGUUAAAUUUAGUGGACUGUUUGCGGCAACACAGUGAACUUGAGCCACAGCGUUCGAGGCAAAUUCUGGCAAAGCUACUGAAAGUCUUUGUGAAAAAAUUCGAAACAAUUGCCAAAAUUCAGCUGCCAUUAAUUGUUCAAAAAUGCAAAGGACAAUCACAAUCUGGAUCAUCAAGUUAUCUGAGUGGCACGCUAUCUUCCCUACCAAUGAUGAAUGUAUCAGAAUUAAAAGAUGAUAAUAUAGGAGAGCAAGCUAAAACACCGUCGGCUGGAUCUCAAUGGGUUUGCUCAGUAAAUGUUGCUGAAUUUCGAAGUUUAGUCAAAACGCUUGUAGGAGGAGUUAAAACUAUUACUUGGGGCUUUUUCAAUUCAAAGAUCUCAGAUACAAGUCCGCAAGCCCAAGAGAAAUUAUUUAGUCCCGAGAUUCUUUGCACGUAUAUUGAGUUGGUUCAUUUUGCAAUGGAGGCUUUGGAUAUAUAUACAAUAAAUGUGAAUCCAAACCAACAGCGUACAUCUGGUUUAAUAUCACGCAGCAAGGAGGAAAAAGAAGUUUUGGAGCACUUUAGUGGAAUAUUUCUAAUGAUGCACUCGCAGAAUUUCCAAGAAAUAUUUGCCACAACAAUAGACUUUUUGGUUGAAAGAAUUUACAAAAACCAAUCCCUUCAAGUGGUAGCAAAUUCAUUUUUGGCGAAUCCCACAACUUCACCGCUUUUUGCCACGGUUCUGGUGGAGUAUUUGCUGGGAAAAAUGGAAGAAAUGGGAUCCAAUGUGGAGCGAUCUAACUUAUAUCUAAGGCUAUUCAAACUAGUAUUCGGCAGCGUUAGCCUCUUUCCUGUGGAAAACGAGCAAAUGCUACGACCGCAUCUUCAUAAAAUUGUGAUCCGCUCAAUGGAAUUGGCUUUGAUUUCGGAUGAGCCAUACAAUUAUUUUCUAUUACUCAGAGCUCUGUUUCGUUCAAUUGGCGGUGGUAGCCAUGAUUUAUUGUAUCAAGAAUUUCUGCCAUUGUUACCCAAUUUACUAGAAGGACUGAAUCGUCUACAAAGUGGAUUUCACAAGCAACAUAUGCGGGAUCUUUUCGUGGAAUUGUGCUUAACGGUUCCAGUGCGUCUUUCAUCAUUGCUGCCAUAUCUUCCAAUGUUAAUGGAUCCAUUGGUUUCUGCAUUAAAUGGUUCUCCUACCUUAAUAAGUCAAGGUUUGCGAACAUUGGAACUUUGUGUAGAUAAUUUGCAACCUGACUUCUUGUAUGAUCAUAUACAGCCAGUUAGGGCGGCAUUAAUGCAGGCUCUAUGGAAGACAUUAAGAAAUCAGGAUAAUGCUGCGUUGGUCGCUUUUCGAGUCCUCGGCAAAUUCGGUGGCGGCAACCGGAAAAUGAUGGUCGAACCACAAACAUUACAUUAUGAUCAAAACGAAAAGCCAAUAAUCUCAAUUGUUACAUAUUUCCAAGAAUAUGAAGCCCCAAUCGAGUUCCCAGUCGAUGAAGCAAUUGAGUCCGCUUUUCGGGCAUUGAGCUCGAAUACAACCGAUCAGUUUUAUAGACGCCAAAGCUGGGAAGUAAUCCGCUGUUUUCUGGCUGCAUUCAUAAGCCUUGAUGACGAGAAGCACAUACUAUUAAAGCUAUUCACCCAUGCUGACUUUGUGGAAAGCAACAUUAUGAAUUGGUCGAUAUUCCAGCAUAAAAUUGGAGAUGUCAGUGUUCGCGGAACUCAUCAGACAGCUCUAAUUGGCAUGCUGGUCGCUUCAGCUACCAAAGAUUUACGAGAUUCCGUUUGCCCGGUUAUGGCAGCAGUUGUAAGACAUUACACAAUGGUGGCUAUAGCUCAACAGGCUGGACCUUUUCCCCAAAAGGGUUAUCAUGCAUCGAAUGGAAUCGAUCCCAUGGUGCUUAUCGAUGCUUUGGCCGCCUGCAUGGGGCACGAAGAGAAGGAACUGUGUAAGCCCGGCAUAGCUUGUAUGGGUAUUAUUCUCGACACUGCCACAAAUAUAAUGGGUAACAAGGAACGAGCUUGCAAAUUGCCAUUAAUUCAAUAUUUGGCUGAGAAAAUGACGGCCCUAUGCUAUGACCGACCCUGGUACUCAAAGGUGGGCGGUUGCCAAGCCAUACAAUUCUUGUGCAAGCAUAUGUCCCUCCGUGCUCUGUACCAACAUCUUUUCAAUUUCUUGAAAGCAUUCAUGUUCGUCUUGAUGGAUCUUGAAGGUGAUGUAUCCAAUGGGGCGAUCGAUAUAACCAAAAACUAUAUGAAAACCAUGCUGGAAAUCUGUCUGAGCCCCAUCAGUGUAAACUAUCGUAAUGAUGAGCUCAAAGAUUUGCAAACUAAAGCCACAUAUGAAGUAAUUCAUGAGUUGGUGCGACACAUCACAAGCCCCAACUGUAUAGUCAGGGAAGAGUCUAUGAUAUUGCUAAAGCACAUCGGUUCAAUUCAAUCGAAGUCCGUCUCUGAGGUUAUGGAUCCCCACAAGGAUGUUCUAGCAGACAUAAUCCCGCCCAAGAAACAUUUGUUGCGCCAUCAACCAGCCAAUGCACAAAUCGGUUUAAUGGAUGGCAAUACGUUUUGUACUACCCUAGAGCCGCGUCUCUUUACAAUUGAUUUAACAAAUACAUACCACAAGUUGUUUUUCCACGAGUUGCUCACGUUAAGUGAGGCCGAAGAUGCCACUCUAGCUAAAUUGGAUUGCUAUAAAAACGUAUCGAAUCUAAUACCACUAAGAACAAGUGCAUUACGAGCUCUGGCUGCCUGUCACUACAUCACGGAUGUGGGUUAUAAGGAAAAGAUUAUUAAUAUCAUCUUCAAAGUAAUGGAGAAUGAUAAGCCAGAGUUGCAGGAGACUGCUUAUAUGUGCAUGAAACACUUUAUAACCGGAAUAACACUUGAAAAGGAAAAGAUUCAAGCCGCAAUGAGGCCCCUUUUAUCAAAGUUGGGUGACCAUAGAAAUUUAUCGAUUCCAGCAAUAAAGCGCUUGUCAUAUUUCACUCAGCUUUUCCCCCAAAUGUUCAAUGAGAAACUAAGUGAACAAAUUUUGCAGCAUUGUGCAAAAAUUAUUGAAAUAUUUGUUAACAAUUACAAAUGCACAAAUCAGAAUAUGAACUUCUUUGCAUCAUCGAAAGGUGGAGAGCAUGAACAAAAAAUUGUUACUCUCAUUGAGAUGUUUUACCAUAUCUCGGCUUCGCCGAAAUAUAUUGAGAAAUUAUGCCAACUCGUACUGCAAACUGAGAAUAAUUUAAUGAUCGAAGCUUUCAGUCCGUAUCGGGAAGCUCUGUUGAAAUUCCUUCAACGAUUCCCCUCAGAGACUGUUGACUUAUUCACAAUUGAGGCCAUUAUGAUAGAUGCGCAAUGGAAUAGAUUUUUUAUAUUUAUUUUAAAGCAUGAAAACGGUCAAUCGUUUAGAACUGCCAUCAAGAAUCACAAGUAUACAAAACUAUUGACAUAUUUGAAUAGUACGACCGAUCUGAAUCAACCUCAAAGGUAUGAAGUGGCACAUCAAGCAGUUCUAAUUAUUUUCACAUUAAUGGAAUUGGAUGAUCAGUGGAUACCAGCAAGACAGGAUAUUGUAGACACAUUGAAGCAAAUGUGGCAAAAUCAUCUCUAUGUAACAUGCAUUGAGAAUGUUGUAUGCGAUUUAUGGCAUUUGAUUGGAAGGAUAUUGUUGCUGUAUUUUUCAAAUAACACAAACGAUAUUGAUCUGCUCUUUCAAUUAUUACGUGCCCUCUGCUCACAUUUCAUUCCUGAAGUUUAUUUUCUUCGGGACUUCCUACAGAAUACUGUGGCCCAGAGUUAUACCGUCAACUGGAAGAGAAAUGCAUUUUUCCAUUUUGUUGAAAACUUUAAUAACAAUACCAUUUCUGAAGAACUAAAGGCCAAAAUAAUCACUGCCGUUUUGAUACCAUGUUUCACGGUGAGCUUUGACAAGGGAGAAGGCAACAAGUUAAUUGGAGCACCGCCGACCCCAUAUCAGGAAGAUGAAAAGAAUAUUGUUUCCGUAUUCAUCAAUAAGGUGUUUGAUCCCGAUAAGCAAUAUGAUGAUGCAGUUCGAAUUGCAUUGCUGCAACUUGCUUGCCUAUUGGUCGAGCGCGCAUCUCAACAUAUUCACGAUGGCGAUGCCAAUAACAAGAGGCAAGGCAAUAAGCUGAGACGUCUCAUGACCUUUGCUUGGCCCUGUCUGUUAAGUAAAAACUCUGUGGAUCCUACGGCACGUUAUCAUGGACACUUGUUGCUUGCCCAUAUAAUCGCCAGAUUGGCAAUUCAUAAGAAAAUUGUCCUACAAGUGUUUCAUUCCCUACUGAAAGGACAUGCCCUGGAAGCCAGACCAAUUGUUAAGCAGGCAUUGGACGUAUUAACUCCUGCUAUGCCUCUGCGUAUGGAAGAUGGCAACACAAUGCUAACGCAUUGGACAAAGAAAAUAAUUGUUGAAGAGGGUCAUGCAAUGCAACAAUUGUUCCACAUCCUGCAACUUAUAAUCAGGCACUACAAGGUGUAUUUCCCCGUAAGACAUCAAUUGGUCCAGCAUCUGAUCAAUUAUAUGCAGCGUCUUGGAUUUCCGCCAACGGCUUCCAUUGAGCAUAAAAAAUUAGCUGUGGACUUGGCUGAAGUUAUUAUUAAAUGGGAAUUACAUCGCAUUAAGGAGGAUGAAAGAGAGGCGAAAAUAGAUGUACCUGAAGAUGAGAUGGUCAGAGAUGGCCAACCAGCCACAACUAAGCGACCAGGAACGGAUGCAGUAGAAUUGCGCAAGAAAUCUGGAGAAAAUAGAGAAUCUUCAACGCAAGGUGCCGGACCAUUUACCAAGUCUGAGGACGUUCUGCGGUCCAUAGACAAAUCCUAUUGCGAUACAGUGCUUAAUUUUUUGGUGCGUUUAGCAUGUCAAGUUAAUGAUCCUCAACCAGGAAUCAUUUCUCCUGGUGAAAGUUUAUCAAGAAGGUGUGUUAUGUUGUUGAAAAUGGCAAUGCGACCCGAAAUUUGGCCACAGCCAUUUGAUAUUAAGCUGAAUUGGCUUGAUAAGGUGCUCACAACGGUGGAGACACCCCAUCACAACUUGAAUAAUAUAUGCACUGGCAUUGACUUUUUGACAUUCCUGACAACCAUCUUGAAUGCUGAGCAAUUAGUGAAUAUUGUCCGACCAGUGCAGCGUGGUCUUUCGCUAUGUAUAAUUCAUCAAAACACUCGAAUUGUUCGAUUAAUGCAUAUGUUUUUGACACGACUUAUGACAAUAUUUCCACCUGACUCGCAGCAUAAGCACGAUGAUCUUGAUGUCCUAUAUAGUGCCAUUAGCAAAAUGAUAACUGAUAAUCUUACAUUCUAUGAGAAGAGUCCACAACCAAAUGCAUCAUCCUUAUUUGGAACAUUGAUGAUACUGAAAGCCUGUACAUCGAAUAAUCCCAGCUAUAUCGAUCGCAUACUCAUGCAGUUUAUCAGAGUUCUCAAUCGUUUGACGAAAGAUCAUAUAAAUAAUAACGGUAAUGCCACUGCGAAUGCCCAGCCAGCUGAUUCUAAUUCUUUAGCCUUGGAACUUUUGGUAUUAUCAUUGGAAUUGAUCAAGAAUCGAAUAUUCAUUAUGAGUGUGGAGAUUCGGAAACUUUUCAUUGGAACCAUUUUGGUUAGCCUGAUUGAGAAAAGCUCAGAGGUAAAAAUUAUCAAAUGUAUUAUCAAAAUGCUUGAUGAUUGGGUCAAGACAAAGGAACCAAACAUUAUGACCCAAGUUCCAUCGAUACGUGAGAAAUCUGGCUUAUUGGUGAAACUAAUGCAAAACGUCGAGAAGAAAUUUGCCGAUGAAAUUGAACUCAAUGUUCAUUUCUUGGAAAUAAUUAACUAUAUAUAUCGGGAUGAAGUGCUCAAGCAAACGGAGUUGACAAGCAAACUGGAAGGAGCGUUCCUUAAUGGCUUGCGUUUCCAAAAUCCCCAUAUACGUGCUAAAUUUUUCGAAAUUCUAGACGCUUCAAUGCGACGCAGGCUUCAUGAUAGAUUGUUAUAUAUAAUCUGCUCACAGGCUUGGGACACAAUCGGAUCGCAUUAUUGGAUAAAGCAAUGCAUUGAGCUAUUAAUAUUGACGGCAAAUACAAUGACUCAAAUUCAAUGCUCCAACGAAGCGUUUAAAAUUCCAAGUAUAACAUCUGUGAUUCCAACCAAUUCGACGGACUCUCAGGAAAAUUCUUUCGUAUCGUUCCUAUCAUCGCAGUCGGAAUCCUUUGAGAAUGUUCAAACCGUUGAUGAUAAAGACGAUGUGUUUGAUAUUGAUUUGAAACUGGAAUUCACAGCGGUUCGAAAAGAGGAUUGUCAACUGAUAUUGCCCAGUCGACGGGACACUCUAAUUGAAUUGAUUUACAAGCAAGCAGAAUUUCUUGAAGCAAAUCGAAACAUACGAACUGAUCAAAUGCUAGUGGCAACAUCACAACUAUGCCACGUGGACACACAGCUGGCAGAGAGCGUUUGGUUAUCCAUUUUUCCACGCAUAUGGAAUAUAUUUUCGGAAGAUCAAAGAUACAACAUCACAAAAGAACUAAUACCAUUCCUUUCGUCUGGCACAAAUGUUAAUCAAAAGGACUGCUCGCCAAGUACACUAAAUACAUUUGUUGAAAGUUUAACCAAAUGCAGUCCGACAAUAUAUAUUCCUCCAAAUCUACUGACUUACUUGGGCAAGUCUCAUAAUCUAUGGCACCGGGCUAUUUUAGUCCUCGAGGAUUUGGCCACGGCCCAUUCUACACGAAACGAUGCUAAUGUAGAGGACAUGGAUACCAAUCAACCUGAUAUGGAUUCACAGCAAUUAAAUAACAUUUACGAUUCCCUCUCCAAAAUGUACUCAGCCAUGCAUGAGGAGGAUUUGUGGGCAGGACUGUGGUUGAAAUUUGCGCAUUAUCCGGAAACAAAUGUUGCAGUUUCAUACGAACAAAUGGGUUUCUUUGAAGAAGCCCAAGGUGCCUAUGACCUGGCUAUGACAAAAUUCAAGCAGGAUUUAAACAGCGGACUAAUAAACACGGACAUUAACAGUGAACUGCUUUUGUGGGAGAAACAUUGGAUGCGUUGUGCCAAAGAACUCAAUCAGUGGGACAUUUUAUUAGAUUAUGCUCAAACAAACAAGGAGAAAAACAUGUUCCUGAUUCUCGAAAGCUCAUGGCGAGUACCAGACUGGAAUCUAAUGAAAAAUGCAUUGGCCAAAACGGAACAAUGUUAUACCAAGCAUUAUGGUUUUAAAUUGAAUCUCUACAAGGGUUAUCUUUCCAUUUUGCAUCAAGAGGAGAGACAAACGGCCAGUGUUGAACGAUUUGUUGAGAUUGCUUCGAGUCUAUGCAUACGAGAAUGGCGUCGAUUACCCAGCAUUGUGUCCCAUAUACAUUUGCCAUAUCUUCAAGCAUCACAGCAGAUUAUGGAACUUCAUGAAGCCAGUCAAAUUCAUCAGGGUUUGACGCAAACGCGCAAUUCAUCGUUGCAUGAUAUGAAAGCAAUUGUGAAGACAUGGCGCAAUCGCUUACCCAUUAUUUCAGACGAUUUGUCCCAUUGGAGUGACAUAUUCACUUGGAGGCAACAUCACUAUCAAAUUAUUACCCAACAUCUGGAGCAGCAAUCGGAUACAGGAAGUACAAUGUUAGGAGUUCAUGCAUCGGCCCAAGCAAUUAUAUCAUUUGGUAAAAUUGCUAGGAAGCAUAAUCUAACUGGAGUUUGCCAGGAGACACUGUCACGCAUCUAUACAAUUCCAUCGGUUCCCAUUGUCGAUUGUUUCCAGAAAAUACGACAACAAGUGAAAUGCUAUUUACAAAUGCCAUCAACAUCGGGAAGAAAUGAAAUUAACGAGGCCCUUGAAGUUAUUGAAUCAACCAAUUUGAAGUAUUUCACAGGCGAAAUGAAUGCAGAAUUCUACGCAUUAAAGGGUCUGCUUUUGGCCCAAAUUGGCCGCACUGAAGAGGCUGGAAAAUCAUUUAGUGCCGCGGCACAGCUUCACGAUGGUCUCACCAAGGCAUGGGCCAUGUGGGGAGAUUACAUGGAACAGAUUUAUUUGAAAGAAAAACAAAUCUCAGUGGCAGUAAAUGCUUUAAUCUGUUAUCUACAUGCGUGUCGCAAUCAAAAUGAGAGCAAAACAAGAAAGUAUAUUGCAAAGGUCCUUUGGUUCUUGUCCUACGAUAACUCGGCCAAUACCUUAAUAAGCACAUUGGAAAAAUAUGUUUCGGGUAUUCCUCCGUCCUAUUGGUUACCCUGGAUAUCACAAUUGUUGUGUUGUCUGGAACAAUUUGAUGGUGAUGUGAUAUUGAAUCUCCUAAGCCAAAUCGGUAGACUGUAUCCUCAGGCAGUAUACUUUCCAAUUCGUACUCUUUACUUAACGCUGAAAAUUGAGCAGCGGGAGAAGCACAAGUCAGCGGAACAAGCGGUAUUUGCUGGAAAGUUUUCAACAUCGAACUCUGAAAACAUGUCUUCGGGCUGCGGAAGAAAUAACCAAAUGACUGCCCAAUCUGUGAAUCCCAUCAAAGCGACGCCUCCAAUGUGGAGAUGCUCAAAAGUUAUGCAACUGCAACGUGAAGUGCAUCCCACCAUUUUGAGUUCUCUGGAGGGAAUAGUAGAUCAAAUGGUUUGGUUCAGGGAGAGCUGGACUGAAGAGGUACUCCGCCAGCUUCGUCAGGGGCUAAUCAAAUGUUAUGCCAUAGCAUUUGAAAAUAGAAACACAGUAGUCAAUGCCACCAUAACUCCACACACGCUGCACUUUGUCAAGAAGCUGGGAUCCACGUUUGGCAUUGGAAUUGAAAAUGUGCCAGGGUCGGUCACUUCGUCUAUAUCGAAUUCUGCUGCUUCCGAAUCUCUAGCACGACGGGCACAAGUUACUUUCCAGGAUCCUGUGUUCCAAAAAAUGAAAGAACAAUUUACAAGUGAUUUUGAUUUCUCAAAACCUGGUGCCAUGAAACUACACAAUCUAAUAUCAAAACUGAAAACAUGGAUAAAGGUUUUGGAAACUAAAGUGAAAAAACUGCCAACAUCGUUCUUAAUAGAAGACAAAUGCAGAUUUUUAUCGAACUUUAGCCAAAAGACAGCGGAAGUUGAACUUCCCGGAGAAUUGCUGAUUCCUUCGUCAUCGCAUUACUAUGUUCGUAUAGCUCGAUUUAUGCCACGAGUGGAAAUAGUUCAGAAGAAUAAUACUGCUGCACGAAGAUUAUAUAUUCGAGGCACAAAUGGUAAAAUCUAUCCUUAUCUAGUGGUUUUGGAUUCCGGACUUGGUGAUGCACGACGUGAGGAGCGGGUUCUUCAGUUGAAGCGCAUGUUAAAUUACUAUUUAGAAAAGCAAAAGGAAACAAGUCGGCGAUUCUUGAAUAUCACAGUGCCUCGAGUGGUGCCAAUUUCGCCGCAAAUGCGUUUGGCUGAAGAUAAUCCAAACAGCGUCUCGUUACUUAAAAUAUUUAAGAAAUGCUGUCAAAAGAACAAAAUUGACUAUGAUAUGCCAAUCGUUAAAUACUAUGAACGGCUUUCUGAAGCCCAAGCGAGAGGAACACAAACUUCGCAUACAAUUCUAAGAGAAAUAUUUUCCGAAGUCCAAUGGACAAUGGUUCCCAAGACAUUACUAAAACAAUGGGCCCUAAAAACAUUUGCUGCCGCCACGGACUUUUGGCAAUUUAGAAAAAUGCUUACCUUGCAAUUGGCUUUGGCGUAUCUGUGCGAACACGCCCUAAAUUUGACCCGGCUUAAUGCCGAUAUGAUGUAUCUUCAUCAGGAUUCAGGUUUAAUGAACAUCUCAUAUUUUAAAUUUGAUGUUAAUGAUGAGAAGAGUCAGCUGAAUCAGCAUAGACCUGUACCAUUCCGUUUAACUCCCAAUAUUGGGGAGUUUAUCACAAAUAUUGGUAUAUCAGGACCCUUAUCGGCGGCAAUUGUGGCCACAGCUCGUUGCUUCAUUCAGCCCAAUUAUAAAUUAAGUUCCAUAUUACAAACCAUUUUGCGGGAUGAGAUAAUAACGCUGCAAAAGAAAGGUUUUAGAGAGUGCAAACUAACGGAGGGAAAUGAAGAGCGUUAUUCGGAUAACUCAAUGGAGCAUACAGUUAAUGUUGUUAACGCAGCCGUUGACAUUAUAAUGAUGCGAUUCAACAAAAUAUCCUAUUUCGAUAGCAUUGAAGUGAAGAAAGUCUCAAUGCUUAUACAGUCCGCCACAAAUAUUGAUAACCUGUGCCGAAUGGAUCCCGCAUGGCAUCCUUGGUUGUAAGUUAGUUUUAAGCUUAAAGUUAAUAUCAAUCAAUAUGUGUAUUAGAAAGACAAAUAAAUUAACAAAAUUUUAAA